UUUAAUUCCUUGAAUUUUAUGUUCCAAGUAUUUACGUGCUGCUAUGUCUAAAUAUGGUAUUACACCACACUUGCGACUUUCUCGGAAGCCGUAUUAAAUUUCUUGAACUUUAUUUUCCAAGUACAUUACAUCUUAUCACUAUGCGCGUAACUAUGGUAUGUACAGCCAACAAUUUAAAAAAGUAAAAUAGAAAAUAAAUUUCGAAAAUGACUGACAUCGUGAGAGAAGUAUGAAUCAACAAAAGUGCAAAUAAAAACCGUGUAUGAAUUACAAAGCCGUCUGAACGUCACUUCCUGUUUUUUAUACAUCAUGGUAAAACAAGCAAUGGUUGAGAUAAACCUGAUAUAUUUCCUUAUGUGUUAUGCAUUUUUCCAUGUAAAUGCAAACCUGCUGGAAGAAUGCGGAGACACAGCAACAACGAAAAAUCUAAUUAACGUAUCACCAUAUGGUCAAAAUAUCCCAAACUGUCUGAGCAAUGGAAAUGUUUCGUGUAAAAGUUUGGAUUACGUUUUUGAAAUGAAAACAGACCUAACCUCAACGAAAGUAUUCAUCGCUGAUGGUCACUAUAAGCUAGCGAAAAAUUAUACUUUUUCGGACGUCAAAUACUUAGCCCUAAUUGGCUGGGCGCCUGGUCAAGUUGUGAUAGAAUGUGCUCCAAAUGCUGGUCUAUCCUUCGUGCACUCUUCCAAAAUAGUUAUCGGUAAUCUUAUUUUCAGAUCUUGUGGAUCUACCCAAAACAGCACGUCAACUGCUGAUCAUAACACUCAUCUAAAAUUUUCGACGGCGUUGUUCUUCGUAAAUUGCAUAGAUUUAUGCAUGCUUAAGGUUGUAAUUGAAUUAUCCCCAGGGAUUGCCGUACAACUUUAUGACGUUUCCGGUGCAGUGAUUGUUUCAGAGUGUUACUUUUACAAAAAUGGCAAUAAUGUAAGUGUUGUGGAAAACAAUCCAGGAGGUGGUUUCUACAUUGAAUUCACUGUCAAGGGUGGAUUAUAUCCUUUCAAAAAGCCUCCUGAUGAACUAUAUCAGAGUAAUGGUACUUUUCACUUUAACAAUGUAACUUUUGAACGUAACAAUGCAACAUUGGUUAAUGUUCCUGUGACACCUGGCGGAACUAGACAUAUAGCUUUUGGACGAGGUGGCGGGGCUUCAAUUUUUAUAAAAGGCCAAGCAAAAAAUAAUUCUUUUUUAUUUGAAAACUGUUCUUUCAUUGGAAAUGGUGCAAAUUGGGGAGCUGGGCUGUUUGUUGAAUAUCAAGAUGAAACACAAAUGAAUCUUAUCAUUUUCCAAUCAUGUCAUUUUCAUUCGAAUAUUGCUAAUCUUGCUGGAGGUGGCUUGAGAGUUGGACUAGUAGCUAUGAAGACAAACAGAACAUUUGUUCCAAACAGCAUACAGUUUCGUCAUUGCUCUUUCAAGAUGAACAAAGCCAUUUUAGGUGGAGGAAUAUCUUUAUAUGCAACUACCAAGCAAUCUUAUUUGGUGUUUAGAGCUAAAAGUUAUGUUUGCUUAACUCACUGUGUUUUUCAAAGAAACCAGGCUACAGUUGGAGCAUCCAUUUUUGUGUCCAUUUGGAAUACUGGUUUUCAUGGAAAAAUUAAACUGUCAAUGGAAAAUUCACUUGUUGAAAGUAAUGAAAUAAUCUACACUGAAGAUAAGAAAGUAACAGGUUUGGGGAGUGUUUAUUUAUUGGGAAUUCCACUCAUACUUAAUGACACCCAUUUCAAAAUGAACAAAAAAACAGCUUUAGUAAUAGCUGAUGCUUCUGUGGAAGUUCAUGGAAAUGUGUCUUUCAUUGGCAACAUUGGAGAAAGGGGUGGUGCUAUUUCUAUGUAUGGUAUAAGCACAAUUGUUAUGAAAUGUGGUGCAGAUUUAUCAUUCAUAAACAACAGUUGUACUUUGCAAGGAGGUGCAAUUUAUGUAAAGACUCCAGGACCACAAAUGGUGGCUUUUAAUACAACAGAGCUUGCUCUAUACGGAUGCUUUUUCAAACGACCACCAUGCAAAAACUAUAGUGUGACAUUUUAUGGCAAUAAAGGUGAGUUUGAAUCCUCUGGACAUUCUGUGUACGCUACAACAUUACAGUUUUGCCGUGGAGACAAUGAGCCAAGAAUAAAUAAUCAGGCACUUGAAUGGGAACUAUUUAAUUAUUAUGAUGCAAAUGGCACAAAGUCUAACAUGAUGUAUGAGAUAGUUACUGAUGCAGUAUCUAUGAAACUGAUCAAAAACGACUGGAAAAUUUUGGCAGAUAAGUAUUUUUCCCCUCAAGUAAAUCUUGCAGAUGAGAAAUCAAAUAGCGUCUUUGGUGUGGUCAAAGUCAUGGCUACGCCAAAAGAUAAGGUAAAUGUGACACCGUCUUCAACAUAUUUUCUUGCCAAGAAAGAAAUCAAGUCCCUGAAAGUGGAAGCCUCGCCUAAGACGAAUUACGAUGUUGAGGUGAAAACUGUCGAUAGUCAAUUAAUUUCUGAUAAAGUUUCUGGCGCAGUUGUCAACGGUUGCGAAUCAGGUUUCAUUUGGAAUGGUCAUGUUUGCAAAUGCAACGAUAUUAUUUCCGGAAUAUCACGAUGUGACAACGAAAAUAAGAGGAUAUUUUUAUUCAAAGGUUUUUGGGCUCGUUAUAUAAAGUCAAGUGGAGCCUUCUAUGUUGUGCGUUGCCCUGAAAAGUACUGUUUGUGUAAUAAGAAUUCUAGUAAUGAGCAGACUGAUCCUGUUGUUCUCACGCGAGCCUUGGACAACUUUGACAAAUUUUUACAAUUUGUCAUACAUUUAGCCGAUUUUCAAAUCGUCGGCAUUGGCGUCUGUUUAUGGUCAAGUUUAGAUGAUUUGCAAAAGCUAUCGUUGCAAUAUGUAAUUCCCUUUUACUUCGUGAUCUGUCUAUUCGUUUUAAAUAAGAUCGUCGUGAAAUGGCCAAGCAACUCGUUUUCACGUCGCUUCACGAGAGUGUCGAUGGCACGUGCGUUCUGCACCCUGUUAGUCCUCAGCUAUUCAGCAAUUGUUAAUGCAAGUUUGAAAAUUCUUUUACCUGUUAAGAUUGGCGACAAGUUUUUCGUUUUCUAUCAAGGAGAGGAGAAAUACUUUGGUAAAUAUCACAUUUACUUUGCAAUUAUCGCUUUGCUUUUCCUUAUCUUUGUCGGCUUACUGUUUCCAUUGUGCUUAAUACAUCGGCAUUGGUUUUCGUGCAUCGACCGAGGAUUGUGCAGGUUGCUACUUGAUAACUUUCAGCGGUGCUAUCGACCAGGUCAUAAAUGGUUUGCCGGGUUUUAUUUCGUUUGCCGUUUGAUUCUGAACAUCAUUGCCAUAGCCGUGCAAAAUCGUGCUCUUCAGAUAGCUUUGUUUAACGUCUCUUGCAGCGUCAUGUUGGCUGUUGUUGUAUAUUGUCGACCGUAUGCCAAUGGUGACACAAACAUCGUACCAUACAGAAUCUUGAACUUGUCGGAUGCUUUGGUCCUCUGCAACUUAUGCGUCGUCACCUCUUUUUCCGGAGCGUCUUUGAGCAUGGAUGCUCGUUCAUAUUAUGAAGGAUUUGGUGUACUUAUUUAUAUCUUGAGUUAUCUACCUCUAUGUUUUGCAUUUGGUCUUCUUGUUUUUGCUCUCGUACGUAAGUGCAGGAUAUACAACGGUGUUUUAAGAAAUGUAAAUGAAUAACUUAAGACUAUUUUGAUACAAACAUAGCAAUGGUAAAGUACUUUUUUAAAUGGACGUAAUUUUUCACUUAGACUCAUCAGGACCGUUUAGAGGCGUGGCAAUGGGGCAAUUUGUCCUGGGCCCCGGGCUUAUGUAGACCCCAAAUGGAAAAUGGAGGCUAACAAAAGCUUUAAUGUAUGUCCACAGGUCAAAGAGAAAGGGCCCCAAAAUUUAAUUGAGUCCCUAGCCCCUUAAUUUCUCUGACCGGGCCUGUGGGUCAUGUAAUACACACUGAUCAACUUAAUGCCGUAAGCAUUUUUCUAACAUUUGGGGGCUUCAAAUUAAAUGACAUCUAAAGAAAACUUUUCAACUAAUAAAGGGAAAUUAUUUAUUUAAAUAAAAUUCUUCAACAAUA